GGGAUGAGGAGGCGUGGCCUGACAGUCGUGCAGGAUGUAUCGAAGAACAGUGUUCGUAUCUGUAAUAGUGUUAGCCGUAGUGGUCUCUGCCACCAUUCAGCAGGACGAAAGCCUGCUGGAUCGGGUGCUAGAUAAAUGUUCGUUUGGCGAAGGCGCUAUGCGAUGCCUUAAGUCUAAUGUGUUAGAAUAUUUAGAGGGCCGCAGUGGCCGAGCUAAUGAAAUUGAUCCAGUGAACUUAGAUGAAGAACUGGUUAAAGCUACUACAAAGUAUAUCGAGCAACAAGUGUACGAGGUUAAUGUACCAGGGAGCAGUGCCAAAAUCGUGGUGCGACCCGGUAGAGACAUGGAUGAUGGUGCGAUGGAUAUAGUGCAGCCUACAGCAACAACGACAACAACGGCUAGAGCUGACAUGGAAAUGGGUAUGAUGCAAGACAAAAUGCUAAUGCCCCUACUGAUGCUGUUGAAAAUGAAAAUGAAAAUGUUAACACCAAUCAUGAUGGCGUUAAUCAGCAUGAAGGCCACCAAAGCGUUAAUUCUUAGUAAGUUAGCUGUCAUUUUGGUUCUUGGAUUCAUUGUGAAAGAUUUCCUGAAGAAGUCUGGUGGUCUCCCAAUGCUGCAUUUGCCACUUGGUUUAUCUCCAGCUGAACCAUCUUCCACAGCCACUCCAAUGUAUGGACCCCCUCAAUCAUCUGGUUAUGAGUCUGCUAGCUCAUGGGAGCCCACCGGAUAUUCUUCCGGUUCUUCGAGCAGUUAUCCUAGUAGCUCUAGUUACUCCUCAGGAGGUUCAGGCUACUCGUCCGGUAAUUCCGGUUACUCAUCUGGUAACUCCGGUUACUCAUCUGGUAGUUCUGGCUACUCGUCUGGCCAUUCUACAGAUUCAGCCCAGUCAUUAGCGUACAGCAGCUAUCUUCCGUCCUCAUCUGGCUCAUCAUCUAGCUCUACAGCUUCUAAAUACUCAAAUUAGUCACAAUGAAGUCUGGAGUACUUUGAAUUUAUUUAUUUAUUUAUCAGGUAUAGCUCAACUAAUUUAUUAUACGAUCAUUGUUAUAAACAAGAAUACAUUAUAUUUUGCUAUUGAA